UUUUCGGUUUUUCGGCUUUCAGUUUUGUUUGCAUUUCCACCGCAGUAAGAAUUUUCCGCUGAGCUGGAGUUUUUCUCACAGCCCAAAAAAUAAACUAAAAUAAAACAAAAUAAAUAGAAAAGAAAUAUAUAAAGUAAAAGGUCCGCUUGAAAUGUUAAAUUACUGAAUCAGUUUUCAAAGUUAUUUUCGAUCGGAUUCAGUUACCCGGAAUGAGUGGCGCACAACGGAAGAAUCUGGAUCGCAAGAUCGUUGUCAUCGGAGCCGGAGCUUCGGGCGUGGCUUGUGCCACCAAGCUCCUGGAAUUGGGCUUUCAAAAUGUGCUCGUCGUGGAGGCGGAGGAUCGUGUGGGCGGUCGCAUAAACACCAUUCCCUUUGCGGAUAAUGUCAUCGAUCUCGGAGCCCAAUGGUGUCACGGACAGAGGGACAAUAUCGUCUACGAGCUGACCCGGAAACAGGAGGAGGAGCUGCUGGAGACCACCGGUCCGGUGUAUGAGAACUACCAGUGCGUGCGUUCCAAUGGCGAUGUGAUACCGGAUGAGGUGGCCAGCAGGCUGAAGGCUAUUGUUGGUGAUUCCCUCGUCACCCGGCAGCUGGAGCUGCGUCACUGCAGUGGCUCCCUGGGCAGCUAUCUGACCAACAAGUUCUACGACACUCUCCGGCGACCCGAGAACUCUGACAUAGAUGCCGAGGUGGCCAGGGAAUUCUUCAUUAAUUACCAGAAAUUCGAAAACUCCGUGGAGGCCUCGGACUCGCUGGAGCAGGUCUCGGGCCGUGGUUACCUGGACUACUGGGAGUGCGAAGGUGAUAUCCUGCUGAACUGGAAGGACAAGGGCUAUGUGGAGCUGCUGAAGCUACUCAUGCGCUCCCGCGAACUGAAGGUGGAGCAUGGUGUCCUGGAGCAGCGCCUACUCCUGGCCACUCGGGUGCAGAAAAUCAAUUGGAAUCGGAACGAUGGACGCGUGGAGUUGCAGCUUAACAAUGGUGACACUUGCAUUGCCGACCAUGUGGUGGUCACUGUUUCCCUGGGCGUCCUUAAGGAUCAGCACUUCCGGCUCUUUGAGCCGCAGCUUCCUGUGGAGAAGCAGCGUGCCAUCGACGGCUUGGCCUUUGGCACGGUCAACAAGAUCUUUGUGGAGUUUCCCCAGGCCUUUUGGCCAGAGGAUUGGACGGGCUUCACUUUGCUCUGGCGGGAUGAGGACCUGGACGACAUUAGGGGUACUUCACGUGCCUGGUUGGAGGAUGUGUUUGGCUUCUACCGAGUGAGUUAUCAGCCGAGGAUUUUGGCAGGGUGGAUCACCAACGAAAAUGGACGGCAUAUGGAGACGCUGCCCGUGGAUGAGGUCCAAGCCGGUGUGAUGUACCUAUUCCGAAGAUUUCUCAAGUGGAAAAUCCCCGAUCCCUCGAAUUUCCGUACCUCUGCGUGGCACACAAACGAAAACUUCCGGGGAUCGUACUCCUAUCGUUCCAUGGAAACCGAGCAGCUGGGCACGGGAGCUCGGGAGUUGGCCUAUCCUCUGACUGUGGUGGCCACCACGCCGGAGAGGGAGAAGGAGCCGGAUGAGGACGACUUGUGGCAGCAGAGCCGCUGUGAUAGACCCAUUGUCCAGUUUGCCGGCGAGGCGUCCAGCGAGCACUAUUACUCCACGGUCCAUGGGGCAGUGGAGUCCGGAUGGCGGGAGGCUAGACGUCUAGGUCAGUUCUAUGGACUGAGCAUGUCCCGAUCCGAGACGAAGUCGCAGCUUUAGCUGUAGGAAAGGUGUGGCAUAAGGAUAUGGCCGAUAGCGAUACCUGAAUUGAGUCCUUGUCUUCGCACACAAAACAGAAACAACAAUCAAGUAAACUGAACAAUACAUCCUGGAUAGACUUCAUAUGCAUAAGCUAACUUUACAUACUUUACAUAUAUAUAUAGGACAUAGGUGAUGGAUUAUAUAUAUAUAUAUAUGUAUAUACUAUAUAUGUAAACAUGAGUGCUGCCCAAAUAAAGCUGUGUUUAAGUCUGCUAUAACCUGAA